AUGGGAAGACAAAUUGCAAGUAGACAUUCCUCAUAUCGUAUUUGGUUUCCAGAGCAGAUAAAGCAACAUUCUCUGGAAAGAAUGCUGGUUCGAGCUAUUCAAAGUGCUGAUGCUUUUUGUGCAUUCAAAGAGUACAGAGGAACUGAGUUCACGGAAGAGUUUGCAUCAUUAUCUGAAGAUCUUGUGUGGCUCUGCUGGGAGAAUUUUCCUCAUAGAAGCCUUCCAUCAUGGUUUACACUGAGAAAUUUGAGUGUUUUAGAGCUUUCGGGUGCUAAUGAGUUGGAAGAAUUGUGGGAGAGCAAUGCUGAUCCUCCAUUGCAAUUGAGAGAGCUUAUUAUAUUUGGUGUGAGUAAAUUGCAAUCGCUUCCACACUCAGUGGGGCGCCUUAAGCACUUGAAAAAGAUUGACUGUUACUUUGGUGGUGACAGUUUGCCAGAAGAGUUAUGUAGCCCCCAGUCACUGGAGCUUUUGGCUUUAUCAAGCAGUACAAAGCUAUCUUCACUACCUGCUGGAUUUGGUAAUUUACUAAGCUUGCAGCAUUUAUCUCUACAGUGUUGCAGUCUCUUGAGGGCGUUGCCAGAUUCUUUCAAGCAGCUGAUACACCUGAAAUAUCUAAAUUUACCAGGCUGUGAAAUCCUAUCUUCAUUACCUGCUGGUUUCGGUGAUUUAAUAAACUUGCAGACUAUAGAUCUGGAAUCUUGUAAGCAGUUGAAGACGUUGCCGGAUUCAUUCAAGCAGCUGAUACACCUGAAAUCUCUAAAUUUAAAGUACUGUGAAAAGAUUAAACUGAGAUUGGAUAUGCUGGAGCACAUGAGAAAGCUCGACUUGCUGAAUUUUCCUGGAAGAUUAUGCUCGUUGAUAAAUAUGUCAAUAGUAAAUUCUGUCAGUGAAACGACUUUUGAUGCCGGGGCUGCUGCUUCAAAUAAAAUGCUUAAGAAAAAAGACUUAGAAGAUUGCAAACAAUUUUCCAGGAUGUUAAUUUCCAAUGAUUGUUGUCCCAGUCUUGAAACUCUCGAAAUUUGGUGGAAGCACCAUUUAAUGGAGAUAAAGACGCUUCCAGUAUCACUCAAGAUUUUAGAUAUAUGUAAUUGCAAAGUGCUGAAGAACAUCAGGUGUAUUGGUAGUCUCGCAAACCUUAAGAAACUGGAAAUAUCUGACUGUCCGGAGAUAGAAGAGCUUCCAAGCUUCUUAUACUUGGCUUCACUGAAAAAAUUCAGAAUUAGUGAUUGCCCAAAAGUUGAGAAAAUAGAAGGUUUGGAACACUGUAAGUCAUUGAAGACACUGAAAAUAGGCUUGAAAGUGCCAGGUAUACCGAAUUUGGAGAAAAUGCAAAGAUUGGAAAGGCUAGAGCUCGAAUGCGACACCAUAUCAGCUCUUAAACCUUGUAUUCAGUCUAUGAAGGAAUGUCCAAGCGAAAUGGAGAUACAAGGUAGCGUGAUCAAUUUUGUGAAGUCAACAGUAAACUCUUUGGGGUUUCCUGGUCUUACGGUCACAGAGAUGGAAGCUGAGUCCGAUCUCUUAAAGAUUCGAGAUUCCGCUUAUAUUUUGUAUUAUGAUGAGAAGAGUCAAGUUGUAUAUAUAGGUGUGUUCCGCCAAAACGCAGGCUAUUGUCCGUACAACUACGCCACUAGAUUUACAGGCAAUAAAGCAAUGGUAGUGACAGGCCAAGAGGGAAGAGUUGUGGAAGCUUUUUACCAAUUAUUCGCACUCCUGGAAUAG